AUGACAACGGAGGUGAGUUCUCAUCAAAACGGGGUAACGGGGGUCUCCCCAGUGCUGGCGAUGCCGAUGGCGACGGUAGCUGGCAGCGAGGCAGGUGGCGCUGUGGCAGGCGCUGGCGAGGUCGGCGGCAAGAGACUGCACGGCGGUGAGGAUGGCACGCCGGGGCACGCGGCUGGAGGUGAAGGCGAGGGCGCAAAGCUGACGCCCAGCGAGACUAGCAAUGGGCUGGAGACGCCGGCCACCAGCAGCCCCAUCGAGAUGCAACCAAAGCACGAAGAGGCCCAGGAAAACGGGCACGCGCCAGACGACAAGGAAGCGGCGUCCGGGGACGGUGUUCCAGGGCACGUUGCCGGACAUGUGACCAACGCAGGCAUGGUGCCAGCUCCCACUCCGCCGCCUGAGCCGGACAUGUCGAAGCUGCCCGAAAACCCGCUGCCCAAGCACCAGCAGAAGCACGCCUCUAUGACGAUCAAGGCGCUGAAACGGUUGAAGGACGCGAGACCGUUCCUGAAGCCGGUGGACCCGCAGGCGCUGAAUAUACCUUUCUACUUCAACCACAUAACGCGGCCGAUGGACCUGUCGACCAUCGAGCGAAAAUUGAACGUGAAUGCAUAUGAGACGCCGGAACAGAUCACCGCGGAUCUGAGCCUGAUGGUGGAGAACUGUUGCAAGUUCAACGGGCCCACUGCGACGAUCUCGCAGAUGGCGCGGAAUGUGCAGGCGUCGUUCGAAAAACACAUGCUCAACAUGCCCGCGAAGGAUGCGCCACCGGUCAAGCAGACCAGAAGACGCAAAUCGACAGACGAGGACCAGCCGGUUGUCAUACGGAGAGCGCAGACGCACAACGGCAGACCCAAGAGGGAGAUUCACCCGCCCAAGUCGAAGGAUAUCUAUCCGCAUGAAAUGGCAAAGCCAAAGUCGAAAAAGCUGCAGCAGGCGAUGAAGUUCUGUUCAAACGUGCUGAAAGAGCUGAUGAAUAAGAAACACGCGUCAUUCAACUAUCCGUUUUUGGAGCCGGUCGAUCCCGUUGCGUUGAACUGCCCGACUUACUUCGAGUACGUCAAGGAGCCCAUGGAUCUCGGCAGUGUCUCCAAAAAACUGAACAACUGGAAAUAUAAAACUCUGGAGGAGUUCGAGCACGAUGUGAGACUUGUAUUCGAUAACUGUUACAAAUUCAAUCCGGAGGGCACGAUCGUCAACAUGAUGGGUCAUAGACUAGAUGAUAUCUUCGUGUCGAAGUGGGCCGAUAGGCCGAUUAUUGAUGACUAUGAAGACACAGAUGACGAUAUGAACGGUGAUGGGAUGCUGUACGACUCUGACGAGUAUGAGUCUAAUGAGUAUGAGUCAGAUAUCGAUGAGACCUCCAUCACAAACCCUGCAAUUCAGUAUUUGGAAGAGCAACUUGACAGAAUGAAGAUUGAAUUGCAGCAGUUGAAGAAGCAAGAACUAGAGAAAAUUAGAAAGGAAAGAAGACUGGCUCGCGGUUCGAAGAAGAACCGUAGAAAGUCGUUGAAAAGGUCGUCAAAUAGUAUCAAUGGUAGCUCCCACAACGGCAAAAGAAGUAAGAAAAGAUUCAAAACAGUUGUUACUUACGAUAUGAAAAAGAUCAUCACGGAAAAGAUAAACGAUUUGCCAACAUCCAAAUUGGAAAAGGUUAUCAAUAUAAUAAAAAAAUCAAUGCCUAAUUUAGCCGAAGAUGAUGAGGUUGAAUUGGAUUUGGAUACCUUAGAUAACAAUACCGUGUUGACCCUGUACAAUACGUUCUUCAGAGAAUACGAUACUUCGUCUUCCAGCGCGAAUGGUGUUAGUGGUCUGAAUGGGAGUUCCGCAUAUGGCAGGAGUGGUAAGGAAAUGAAUUCACUGUCGCCUACAAAUGGUUUAAGUAAUGGUCAUAAAAAGAGAAGAUCCAAGGCAUUAAGCCAGGAGGAACAAAAGAAACAAAUUGAAAAGAUCAAAAAUAAACUUGCAUUAUUAGAUGGCGCGUCACCGUUAAGCCAAAACGGUUCACCAUUAGGUUCAAGUUUCAAUGCAAACCAAGCAAACAAUGGAUUCUCUUCAUCAUCUGAUGAUGAUGCCAGCAGUGAAAGUGAAGAAGAGUAA